AAGCAGAAAAUCAACAUUUUCUAAACAGUCAGAAAAUCGCUGAGGAUUUUAUAAAAGUUGGAAAAUCCUUGGCGAUUUUCCAGAUCGAUUUUCUAUAAAGUAGAAAAUAAUUCCAAAUUACAGUGUACGGUACUUGAAGAAGCUGUAAAUAAGUAUCAUUAUCAAGUUGAAGAUUUGAAAUCUGAAUUAAAGAAAGUGAAUGAUAACAUUUUACUGUUACAAUGUCAAACGAAUGACUUAACACAGUAUAAUAAAAGAAAAGAUCUUAUACUAUAUGGUAUACCAUUUAAACAAAAUGAAAAUACGUAUGAUGUAGUAUUAGAAUUAGCUGCUAGUGUUGAAUUGCAAUUGAACAAACAUGAUUUUUAUGCUAUUCAUCGUUUACCAUUAUCUAAACGAGUACCUCAAAAGGAUGCUGUUAGCGCUUAUUUAUCCCUGAUCAGACCAGCAGUGCUUUGUCUCACUGAAACGUGGUUGGAUAACACUGUUGCUGAUAAUGAUAUAAGUUUUUUUGAAUAUCAUGUUCCUUGGCGUCUCGAUCGUAACCGUCAUGGAGGAGGUUGCGCAAUUUAUGUUCGGACAGACUUUCACUCAGUUAGACUUGUAGAAUUUGAAGAGGCUAUGUUUGAAAUUCAUGCGAUUCGUUUAACAUUAAUGAAUCAACAACAUGUAACAAUCUUAAAUAUUUAUCGUCGCAGAGCAGUAUAUCGCCUUUGUACUUAG